AUGGGGACACCACACGCUGAUUCAGAAAAGACGGAGAUUGGAGAAAUAGAUACAAGGGCUCCUUUUGAAUCUGUUAAAGCUGCAGUAAGUUUGUUUGGCGAGGUCCGGUUUUCCUCUGAAAGAUCCGCCACCAGAAAGGCACAGGCCCCACAAGCAGAGAGGGUGUUGGCUAAGGAGACAGAACUGCACUUGGCUCAGAAAGAGUUGGAUAAAUACAAGGAACAACUGAGUAAUGCUGAGACUACCAGACUCCAAGCCCUCUCUGAGCUGGAGAGGGCUAAAAAAAGCGUUGUGGAUCUAACAAAUAAGCUUGAUGCAGUCAACAAGUCAAAAGAACUGAAUAUCCGGGUAACAGAAAAUGCAAAUAUUCGAACGAAGGAGCUCGAAGGUGGCAGCUCUAGUGAAGCCGUUGGGAAGGAUGGUCCUUUGAAGCAGGAGCUAGACAAUGCGAGGGAACAGUAUGCUAUUGCUUUGGCAGAUCUUGAUGCAGCAAAGCAGGAGCUUAGAAAAAUGAGAAAGGAUUUUGAAACCUCACUGGAUGCUAAGUUACUUGCUGCCCAGCAGGAAGCAGAGUCUGUGCAGUCUUCUGAAUCAAACAAGGAAAAGGCAUCUCAACUCCGUACCGAGAUUGCAAUGGUUCAAGAGUCACUUAUGCAUGCUAAGGCAGCCACAGAGCAAGCACGUGAAGAGGAGGCAAACAUCCUUGCUGAGAAGGAUGUUGCCAGGAGAACCUGUAAAGAAUCUCUGGAAGAAGCUCAGAGAAAAUUGUCAAAUUUGAGAAAUGAUUUUGAUCCUGUAGCUUUCAAGGGUCUCCAAGAGAAACUCGAUGAGACUUAUUCUGAGAUUGCAUCUUUGCAGAAGAAGAUCGAAGAUGCAAGAGAUAGAGAUUUGGAGUCUGUUUCUGCUGUCAGCACAGAGUUGGAUGAUGCUAAAGAAACGUUGCAGAAAGUUGCACAAGAGCAAACUUCUCUUAGCAGUUUAGUUGAAUCGUUGAGGCUGGAGUUACAGGCUGUAAAGGAGGAACACAGUCAGCUGAAACAUAAGGAUGCAGAAAUUGAAUCUAUUGUAGGGGACCUCCAUGUUAAGCUCCAGAAGUGUAAAUCUGAUCUUGAGACUGCAGUAGCCACAGAAUCAGAUGCAACAUUAGCUUCUGAUGACCUGAUGUUGGCCCUCGAGCAGUUGUCUUCUGAGUCAAAAAAUGCUCUUCAGGAAGCUGAGGUGAUGCAAAAGCGUGCAGCCGAGUUAAGAGAAGAAGCUGAAGCAGCACGUGCUUCAUUAGUGGAAGCAGAGCAAAAGUUGCAGUCCUCUUUGAAGGAAGCAGAAGUAGCAAAAGCUGCUGAAACAAGGGCUCUUGAUCAGAUCAAGCAACUAUCAGAAAAGGCAAGUGCUGUCCGCGCCUCAAUAUCCGAGCCAGGUGCAAACAUCACGAUCUCAAAGGAGGAGUUCGAAUCUCUAAGCCGAAAGGUAGAGCAGACGGAGAAGCUGGCAGAGAUGAAGGUCGCGGCUGCUAUGGCCCAGGUGGACGCUGUUAGAGCCAGCGAGAAUGAGGCGAUCAAGAAACUGGAAGCUGCCCGCAAGGAGAUGGAGGACAUGGAACUGGCAACAGAGGAGGCGCUAAAGAAGGCAGAGACAGCAGAAGCAGCAAACAAGGCGGUCGAAAGUGAGCUCAAGAGGUGGCAGACGUUCCAUCUCACAAGGCUUCUGCCGCAAAAGCCAAUGAGAAGAGCAACGGUCAUCAGAAGAACAGCAAAGCUGUAUUGCGGAAGAGCUUCAUGCUGCCCAGCAUCACAGGAAUGUUCCACCAUAAGAAGAAGAACAAUGCCGAUGGCAGUUCCCACUCAUAAUAUGUCCCAGGCUCUUACUUGCAAAUUCAAACUUUUAACACAUGUUCAUUUGUACGAGUAUAUUUCUAGUAGUGUUGUACCUUUGUAA